GGAGGGGCGGGUUGGGACAUACGUUUACCCUGGAGACUUUCUAGGCGCAGUGGGUACUUGCGAGUUUGUUCGCUGUGGGACGGAAAGUGGAGGCUUAGUUUAUAGUCGUUCCUUUUUAAAAGGCGAUUAUAUUUCUUCCGUGGGUGUUUUACCUUGAAUUUGAGAGUUAGUUGUUAGUUGAGUUGCAACAAUGCCUGUGUUUCACACAAAAACGAUAGAAAGUAUCCUGGAGCCAGUGGCUCAACAAAUCUCUCAUCUAGUGAUUAUGCAUGAAGAGGGUGAAGUCGAUGGGAAAGCAAUACCUGACCUUACCGGUCCCGUUGCUGCUGUGCAGGCUGCUGUCAGCAAUCUAGUCAGGGUUGGCAAAGAGACAGUACAGACAACUGAAGAUCAGGUCAUGAAGAGGGAUAUGCCACCAGCCUUCAUCAAAGUUGAAAAUGCCUGCACUAAAUUGAUCCAGGCUGCACAGAUGCUGAAGGACAAUCCAUAUGCUGUACCUGCACGCGAUUACCUCAUUGAUGGUUCGAGAGGUAUUCUUUCUGGAACUUCAGACUUGCUCUUGACGUUUGAUGAAGCAGAGGUUCGUAAAAUCAUCCGUGUCUGCAAAGGCAUCUUGGAAUAUCUUACAGUAGCUGAAGUGGUCGAAACUAUGGAGGAUUUGGUGACUUACACCAAAAAUUUGGGUCCAGGAAUGACUAAAAUGGCUAAAAUGAUUGAUGAAAGACAACAGGAAUUGACUCAUCAGGAGCAUAGAGUUAUGCUGGUAAACUCCAUGAACACAGUGAAAGAACUUCUUCCUGUACUGAUUUCAGCUAUUAAGAUUUUUGUAACUACGAAGCAGUUCAAAAGCCAAGGAAUGGAAGAAGCUCUAAAGAACCGUAACUUCACUGUGGAGAAGAUGAGUACUGAAAUCAAUGAGAUCAUUCGUGUUCUGCAGCUGACAUCCUGGGAUGAAGAUGCUUGGGCUAGUAAGGAUACAGAAACUAUGAGAAGAGCUCUGGCUAUGAUUGACUCAAAGAUAGAUCAGGCCAAGAACUGGCUAAGUGAUCCCAAUGCACCUCCAGGUGAUGCUGGGGAACAGGCAAUCAAACAAAUACUGGAUGAAGCUGGCAAAGUUGGAGAACUUUGUGCGGGCAAAGAACGAAGAGAAAUUCUAGGUACUGCCAAGGCUUUAGGCCAGUUGACUGACCAAGUAUCUGAACUCCGAGCCAGAGGUCAAGGUGCCACACCUAUUGCCAUGCAAAAAGCACAGCAAGUAUCUCAAGGACUCGAUAUGUUAACAGCUAAGGUGGAGAAUGCGGCCAGGAAGCUGGAGGCAAUGACAAAUUCAAAACAGGCCAUUGCCAAGAAAAUAGAUGCUGCUCAGAGCUGGCUGGCAGAUCCACAUGGAGGCCCUGAAGGAGAAGAGCAUGUACGUGGUAUUUUAACAGAAGCUAAGAGAAUUGCAGAUCUUUGUGAAGACCCCAAAGAACGGGAUGAUAUACUACGUUCGAUUAAUGAAAUUGGAGCAUUGACAGCUAAGCUGUCUGACCUAAAAAGGCAAGGUAAAGGUGAUACUCCAGAAGCACGUGCUUUGGCAAAGCAAAUUGCUACCACACUACAGAAUUUGCAGACUAAGGCAAAUCGAGCAGUGGCCAAUAGUAGGCCUGUAAAAGCAGCAGUCAAUUUGGAAGGCAAAAUCGAGCAAGCCCAGCGCUGGAUUGAUAAUCCUACUGUUGAUGGGCGUGGUGUGGGCCAAGCAGCUAUUCGUGGACUUGUAGCUGAGGGACGUCGACUGGCAAAUGCAAUGAUGGGACCCUAUCGCCAGGAACUUGUUGGAAAGUGUGACAAAGUUGAACAGCUAGCUGGACAACUUGCAGAGUUGGCAGCUCGGGGUGAAGGUGACAGUCCCCAGGCCAGAGCAAUUGCUGCACAAUUGCAGGAUGCACUAAAGGAUCUAAAAGGCAAAAUGCAAGAAGUCAUGACCCAGGAAGUAUCUGAUGUUUUUAGUGACACGACCACUCCAAUUAAGUUGCUUGCUGUAGCAGCAACAGCUCCACCAGAAGCACCAAAUAGAGAGGAGGUAUUUGAAGAAAGAGCAGCAUAUUUUGAGAACCAUGCUGCCAAGCUUGGUGCCACAGCCGAGAAAGCUGCUGCUGUUGGGGCUGCAAAUAAAAGCACAGUGGAAGGUAUACAGACAGCUGUGAAAUCUUCUCGGGAGUUAACACCACAGGUUGUUUCAGCAGCUCGCAUCUUGUUGAGAAAUCCUGGUAACCAGGCAGCCAAUGAACAUUUUGAAACCAUGAAGAACCAGUGGAUCGAUAAUGUUGAGAAAAUGACUGGUUUGGUGGACGAAGCAAUUGAUACCAGAUCUCUCUUGGAUGCCUCUGAAGAAGCCAUCAAGAAAGACAUAGACAAGUGCAAGGUAGCCAUGGCCAAUGUACAACCGCAAAUGCUGGUUGCUGGAGCAACAAGCAUUGCCCGUCGUGCAAACCGAAUUCUACUGGUCGCAAAGAAGGAAGUUGAAAAUUCAGAAGACCCAAAAUUCCGUGAAUCAGUCAAAGCAGCAUCUGAUGAUCUAAGUAAAACCAUCUCACCUAUGGUAAUGGAUGCUAAAGCUGUCGCUGGGAACAUUUCAGAUCCUGGUUUGCAGAAAAGUUUCUUGGAUUCAGGAUAUCGAAUUUUAGGUGCUGUAGCCAAAGUUAGAGAAGCCUUCCAGCCUCAGGAACCAGAAUUUCCUCCUCCUCCUCCUGAUCUAGAUCAACUUCAUUUGAAUGAUGAACCUGCUCCUCCCAAACCACCACUUCCUGAGGGUCAGGUUCCUCCACCAAGACCACCUCCCCCAGAGGAAAAAGAUGAAGAAUUCCCUGAAAUGAAAGCUGGAGAAGUAGUCAAUCAGCCUAUGAUGGAGUCUGCCAGGCAGUUGCACGAUGAAGCCAGAAAGUGGUCUAGCAAGCCUGAUGUGACUGAUGAGGCGAGUGAAACAAUUGAGGCUGAUGUAGAUGUGUAUGAUGGUGAUGAUGAUGAUGAUGAUGACGAUGAUGUUGAGUUGACUCUUCCCUCUGACAAUGAAGAUGAGUACGAACCUGAGCUACUUUUAAUGCCUCCAAAUCAGCCAGUUAACCAGCCAAUUCUGGCUGCAGCUCAGUCUUUGCACCGAGAAGCAAGAAAAUGGUCUAGUAAGGGUAAUGACAUCAUUGGUGCUGCAAAGAGGAUGGCCUUGUUGAUGGCAGAAAUGUCACGACUGGUGCGUGGUGGUAGUGGAAACAAACGUGCCCUCAUUCAUUGUGCUAAAGACAUAGCUAAGGCAUCUGAUGAAGUGACACGAUUGGCAAAGGAAGUUGCCAAACAAUGUACUGAUAAGCGAAUCAGGACUAACCUUUUACAGGUGUGUGAACGUAUCCCAACUAUCAGUACACAACUUAAAAUUCUUUCUACUGUGAAAGCUACAAUGUUGGGACGCACUAACAUUAGUGAAGAGGAGUCUGAGCAGGCUACAGAAAUGUUGGUUCACAAUGCUCAGAACCUGAUGCAGUCAGUUAAGGAAACUGUACGAGAAGCAGAGGCAGCUUCAAUUAAGAUCAGAACAGAUGCAGGAUUCACCCUUCGUUGGGUUCGGAAAACUCCAUGGUACCAGUAAAACGAAGACAAUUUCCUAGUCUUUGCCAUCUUGCUGCAUUGAGAAAAUUUUCUACGGAUGAACAAUGUACUCUACAUCUAAUUGGAGUAUAAAAGGAAUCAAAAUGGAAAUGUAGCGUUAACAAUUCUAAUCUACAGCUUUCACAAGUAACAAAACCUCUGAAAGUUAACAGUAUAUUCAUUUUGUGUAUACAAUAUUAAUUUGAAAUAUGAAAUGAUUAGCUUUGUUUUACACUUGGUUUUCUAAAAUUUCAUAUUAAGAACUGUAUGUUGCUUCAACACCUAUUCCUCAUUUAUCCCUAUUAAACAGAAUGAACCAUACAAUUAAUCUGACGUAGACAAGAAACAUUGAAGCUCUUGCUUGUUCAUGACCUGCUAUUUACAAAUAUGAAGAACUGCUGUAGUCAAUAGACAAAAUGUGUAGCUUUCAUGUAUAACCAGCUUAAUAUUAACUCAAGGCUUUUUUUUCUUCCAAUGGGGUAUGACAGUUUGGAGUACAACUUGUGUACACUAAUGAUCUGGGAGCCAUGUGUCUGCUCUAUCUUGACCCUGAAUAUAGUAUUGAACACAAUGACACUUGCACAAAUAUACUGUCUGUGGCCAAGCUGUGCAAUGGCAGAAUACAUGCUCAGUUGAUUAUUAAGUUUGUUUAUUUGCUGUUUGUUAGAUCCCUGAUGAUUGAUUCAGUUGUUAAGCCAAAGACACUAAGAUGUUAAAUUACUUUGAUUGGCAUAGUUUGAGAAGUGCACUAUCAAUCAUGGAACAUAGUCUAUUAUGUCAUCAGUAUUUGGUCUGAUUGAUCCUGAACACGAGUAAUUGACAAGUGCACAUAUGAUUAUCCAGUAUGAAUAUAUAAUGAAUUUGAAAUUCUGGUACAGUGCACAGGUUAAGAAUAAGCAUGGUGCUGUUUGGAAUAUAUUUAGGUUUUAGGAUCAAGUACUGAAGGAAUUUAGUUUUUAACUAACUCCAUUGUAUUGUUUAAACCUACAUUUAAUGUAAUUUCAAAGUCUGGACUGAAUCAAAAAUGAAGCAAUGAUUAACAGUUUAAAAUCUGUUAGUCAAUUGAUGAGAUUUUUUUAAUGAAGGGAUAAUUGGAUGCAUGUUAAGUGGAUAGAGUGAUUUUAUGAAUUACAAUUUCAAUUUGGGAUGGUUCAUUUGUGAAAAUAAAUGAAUGCAUGUUAAUUAUUGUCAGGGAACUUGAUAGUUCAUAAUAUUUUGAACACAGCCAUUUUAUUGAAAUGAUGUAUUUGUUGGAAUGUGUGUAUUUUAAUCUGAAACGUAUACAAUUGCUUAACAAUGUUGCUCAAUUUUGCAUUGUGGAUACUUUGCACAGGGAUCUGAAAGAACAAGUGUUUCCAAUGACCAGAUUUGAGUACAAUUGUUGAAAAUGUGCAUUAUUUCUAUGUCACAAGUUGAAGUAUUAGAAUAUACAACUAGUUACAAACCUUCAAAAUAACUCAUACCCCCAUUUUAAAUGACUUUCAGUAAUUGCUGUCAAAAAAUAUUAUUUGAACUGCAUUUUCCAAAAUGUCCUAUGUAGACUAGUUUCAAAAAUGUUGCAAAUUUAAGAUGGAGUUAAAGAUGUAGAAAACAUGGAAGAUAAUUAAGUUGUUAUUGUGACAUUUGCCUGCAUUUAUAUUAAAACUGGCAGUUACAUCUAUAAUUAAAAUUUCACGCACAUGCAAGGUGUGGUGUUUUUUGCCAGCACAUUUUCAAAUCAAAUUCGAAAAUGAAAAGGAUUGAAAAUAAAAGGGAUGAAAAAUGAAACUGUUAUGGCUGCAUUUCUUAAGGGACUGAUGCUUAUUUAUCUCUGCCUAAUUGACUUUGAUAGGCAUCAUGAUUGCAAUGAAGUUAUAAAUGGUGUAUUACUUGUACAUGGAGAGCAUUGGUGUACAAAAUGCUGGUGAUUACUUUUCUAACAGUUUAGAAACUGUUGUUGCCGCAAAUAAGUUUAUUUUAUUGGUAGUAGCUACUAACGUCAAUACUCUAAUGUUAAGUUUUUAAUUUUUUUGGGUGGAAGUGUGUCACUGGCAAGGCUAUCCUUUUGAACUGUUGCUUUAGGCAGCAGUUCAAAUUGAUAAGUCAAAAGAAAUCUUGGAACUAUUGUUAGUCCGUCCACCACUUGCACACUUGGCAGCUGUGAAAAUUAAAUGACCACAUCCCUAUUCUUCAAGUUGAAAAAACAUAAGUAUAAAUUAAAUGUGCUGUAAUCAAGCAUGAGACUUUAAUCUUUGAUAAAUCUUUUCUAAAUGAAGAUAGUAUUAUUACAAAUAGGGAAACAAUUACACUUCAGUUCCAGAACAUACUUUAAUGGCUGUUAAUUCAUCAAAUUUUUGUGAAAGAAUAUUUAUUCUUUUAAGUCACUCAAGUUAUCAAAGCAUUGUGAUUUUUAAGCCAUGUUUGUAGAUUCGCUAUUUUACUAUAAGGCCUAAAUACAUUGUAAUUUUACAUUUGGAUACUGGAUUUCUAAACAUUAGUUUUGAAAUUAGGAUUAUGUUUGGACUGCCAGCUUCAGUUUAAUGGAGGGCAGUGGAAUUGAGAUCAAACUCUAAUUUGUAAUAUGGUCUAGUGUAUUGUACCAUGUAAUAAAUCAUGUAUCAAAAACUUCA